AAGACACCAAGAUCUUUCAAUUAUUUUUGUUGGCAAUUCCAUUGUCGGUACAAAUCACAAAAUACCGCUAACCGAUAGCGCCGGCGCUGCCAUGAGCCUUGACUCUACUUCUACAAGAAGCUGAAACUGAGCCGAGCCGAGCCGUGAGAAGAUGUGGAAGCUUCUUCUUUCGUACGGUCACCGCUACGGUUCCAUCUCCGGCGAUCAUUUCUCCGCCGUUAUUCACCGGCGCGCCUAUCUGAUCGUCCAUCAUUUCGCAACACUUCCAUCCGGAGGCGAAUUGGCGAGUGCCAGCAGAGAUCGUGACGGAAAGUAUCCGCGUGGUGAAUUCGUUUACAAUCAGCGUAGCCGGUGGGAGAACUUCACUCAGAAAACGAGGUUGUUCUUUGCUUUCCCAUGGGAACGCUUCAAGAAUGGGAGUGUUCUCAAGAUGACGCUGCGUGGAGAGAUAACUGAUCAGCUAAGGAGCUUCCCAAGAGCACUAUCUUUGCCUCAAAUUUGUGAGAAUUUCGAUAAAGCAGCUUACGACCCUCGUGUGGCAGGCAUUUACCUCCAUUUGGAUUCUUUAAAUUGUGGUUGGGGGAAGCUAGAUGAGAUUCGGAGGCAUGUGUUAAAUUUUAGGAAAUCAGGUAAGUUCAUCAUAGGCUAUGUGCCGACCUGUGGAGUGAAAGAGUACUAUAUUGGCUGUGCUUGUGAAGAGCUCUAUGCUCCACCGACUGCUUAUGUUGAAUUGUAUGGAUUACUUGUUCAGUCAUCAUUUUUUGGAGGUGUUCUUGAGAAGAUUGGGAUUGAAGCACAGGUCCAACAGAUUGGUAAAUACAAGGCUGCGGGAGAGCCAUUGACCCGGAAAAGUAUGUCUGAUGAGCAACGUGAAAUGCUGACUGCUCUGCUUGAAAACAUCUACACAAACUGGAUUGACAAAAUUUCGCUUGCGAAAGGUAGAAAAAAAGAAGAGAUUGAAAAUUUUGUAAACCAAGGAGAGUAUCAAAUCGAAAGAAUGAAAGAAGAGGGCUUAAUAACAGAUAUUAAAUAUGAGGAUGAGGUGAUGUCAUUGCUGAAAAAACGAAUGGGAAUUCCAAGUACAAAUGUACUCCCAACAGUUGAUUACAGGAAGUACUGUAUUGUCAGGAAAAAGACCCUUGGCUUGGCUGGGUUCAAAGACAAGAUAGCUAUAAUAAGAGCCUCAGGGAGCAUUACCCGGACACAAGGGCGAUUUAGGUCACCCACCUCAAGGAUUAUUGCUGAUCAAUUUAUUCAGAAGAUCCGCAGUAUAAGAGAAUCAAAAAAGUAUAAAGCUGUUAUCAUUCGAAUUGAUAGCACUGGAGGAGAAGCCCUUGCUUCUGAUUUAAUGUGGAGGGAAAUCAAGGUUUUGGCUGCACAGAUACCUGUUGUUGCAUCAAUGUCUGAUGUAGCUGCUAGUGGAGGAUACUAUAUGGCGAUGGCUGCAGACACAAUUGUUGCAGAAAAUCUUACAUUAACUGGUUCUAUUGGAGUUGUGUCAGCAAAGAUCAAUCUGGGAAAGCUGUAUGAGUCAAUUGGCUUCAACAGGGAGAUCAUAUCAAGGGGAAAAUAUGCAGAAUAUUCAGCAGCAGAACAUCGACCGUACAGAGCUGAUGAAGCCGAACUUUUUGCCAAGAAAGCUCAGGCUCUGUACAAACAGUUUCGAGACAAGGCAGCCUUUUCGAGAUCAAUGACAGUAGAUGAGAUGGAAAAAGUUGCACAAGGGAGAGUUUGGAUGGGUAAUGAUGCAGUUUCUCUUGGCUUGAUUGAUGCUAUUGGUGGACUUUCUCGAGCUGUAGCAAUUGCGAAAGAAAGAGCUAAUAUACCACAAGAUAAACAGGUGACUCUUGUGGAGCUGUCGAGGCCCUCCAUAUCCCCGGUUGAGUUACUGCAGGAAAUGGGGAACACGAUGAUGGAAGCGGAUGAAGCUGUUAAAGACCUGAUGCAUGAGAUGGCAACUUCCGAUGAAAUUCAAGCUAGAAUGGAUGGCAGCCUGUUCGAGAAACUCGCAGGAUCUUCUGCUGCUCAAUCCACAUUGACUCUCAUAAGAGAUUGCUUGAGGUCCCUUUGAUCAAUCCUGCUUCUAUAUGGUGAAUGGGAAGAACUUCACAGCAUUGGUGUCGAGUAAGGUACGACAUCUUUUUCGAUCUUUGUUUGCGCGGCGCCGAACUGGAAUUCGAAGCCCCGGGCGGGUUUCGGAAAUUGGGUGGCGCCGCCACUCAUUUCGACCCGGCCCUACUGCUGUUAUUUGAGUUGAGUCGAUCUUGUUUCCGAGCUUAACUCGAGUUUUUAUAAUCGAGCCGAGCUCAAGCUUAAGUAUUGUCAUUUAUAUAGUAUUAAUGGAAAGGAAUUGGAUGCUGAUUAAAAACUAAUCUUACGCAUAAAAAAGUAGGCAGACAUCAUGGCAUGAUUUAUAUUGACAUGACAUUGUAACAUACUUAUAUGCUCGACACGCCUAGUGCU